CUCUCUCCUCUGGAAGUUAGUCAGUCUAGGAUAUUCAUUCACCAGGUGGUUACCACAAGAGAUAGAGAAGCAGCAGCAGCAGACAGCAACAUGCCUGCAGAAGAAAGCCAAAAAGCAACGCCUGCAAAAAGGGCCAUCAAAAAGAUCCGAACCGCCAGCCUAGUAAUCAGCUUGGCACGAGGCUGGCAACAGUGGGCAAGUGACCACAACACAAAGCAAGCCCAAGAGCCCCCAGGAUGGAUGCCCAAUGCAGAAGAACCACCAGCUGAGCCACCAAAAGAAAGGCUAUUAUCAAGAUGGCCAGUUUCUACUAAGAGCGACCAAGAAAAGAGUGAGGAAAAAUCCUCAGGGAAGUUGGCAGUGGCUAAAAGGGAUGUAGAAAAAGAUUCAAAUGAAUCUGAUGAAGCUCUCAGAAAGCUUAACAUUAAAAGCAAAGAGGUGACCAAAACCGUUGUAAGUAAAGUCUAUGAAAGAGGAAAUGACAUUAGCCUCCUCAGUGAUAGAUAUGAGAAGGAUAAUGGGAGCCCAGAGAUCUGCGGGUACAAGGAGGAGUCAAGUAAUUUUGACAAAAUCCUUGGUGACAAAAUGUCUCCUACAAGGCGGAGGAAGUGCUCAAAUCUGGUGACAGAGUUAACCAAGGGUUGGAAACAGAUGGAACAAGAGGAUAAAGUCCCAGAGUUGGAGCUACAUAAAUGUCGCAGUGACAGCCUGGAUACGGAGGACAGUGGUUAUGGGGGCGAGGCAGAAGACAGACUCCAGCAAGUAGACGCUGACCACAUUAUGAGGAUUAAACGACCCAUGCCAUCACUUGCAAACAGGUUUACAGAAGAACUAAGCAGCAAGGCCCACAGGAAAUACAGUCCUGUUAAUGCUCUGAAGGGCAGAUGGCAAGAAUGGGCAGACCAGCAUGUGAUAACGCAGAAGCUGAAUCCUUUCAGUGAGGAAUUUGACUACCAACUGGCCCAGUCGACACGCCUGCACAAAGGAGAUAAGGGCUAUGGUCGUCCUAAAGAGGGAACUAAAACUGCUGAAAGGGCCAAGAGAGCGGAGAGUCACAUUCACCGGGAGAUAAAAGAUAUGUGCUUUAUCAUUGCAACAAUGGCUCGGCUGAGGCGUGAUGGCAAGAUCCAAGUCACCUUUGGGGAACUCUUUGACAGAUAUGUCCGCAUUUCAGACAAGGUUGUUGGGAUUCUCAUGAGAGCUAGGAAACAUGGGCUGGUGGACUUUGAGGGAGAAAUGCUAUGGCAAGGCAGGGAUGAUCAUGUCAUAAUCACUUUAUUGAAAUAAAUGUACAACCACCCAUUAUAGUAAACUUAAAAUACAUCAAAUUUUUCCAUUGCUGCCAGUUACCGCACCAUUAAAUAGUCAACGUUUUGAAUAUAGGAAUUUACCAUGCAGUCGGAAAGAUACUUAACGUUUGUCAGAUGUUUUAUAAUUACUCCUGCGAUACCAAGCUCCUUUUUCUAUCCCCUUUGUAUUGUGCCCUUUACCAACCGAGUUUGCAGCAUUUUAAAGUUAUUUACCACUCAGACAAGGAUGGAUGUGAAAGAACUGAAGUGAAUAUAUGUAUUGAAUGCACCAAAAUAAAUGUAAAAGCAUAGAGACAGCUCCACCUCAAUCCCAACCCUGAGUUGCUUUCACAUACAAGACUUACCCCACCCUAAAUUAACUUAGAUGGGAUUUUUGGAGUUAUAAAGUGGGUUGGAUCAGGAACCAACUGAGAAUAUGAACUUGAAUGCGCAAUCUAUUAAAUUGACCCUUCAGUCCUGUCCUACAUUUCAUAAUUAAGUCACUAAAAAUUUGAAUGUACAGUCAUCUGCAUUUACGACUAA